UCCGCACAGUGGUACGAACACUUCAGCGGCUUCUAAUUAAAGCCCCGCGCGGAGCCCUCGGGGACCGGCCUGACGUCGGCGGGCGCGGGGAUAAGAAGCGGCCGCGGUAGGAGCGCAGCCCAGGCAGCCGCGCGUCCGGCGCUCCGAGCGGCCGAGCCACCGCGUCUCCAUCCCCGCGCGUCCUGUGCGCUCCGCACGCCGGGUCCCCGCGGGGCAUGGAGUAGCGGGGCGCGCGGCGGCUCCGGGACGCGGGGACAGGCGCCGGGACAGAAGCCGAAGGACGCCCGCGGCUCCGGGACACGGGGACAGCGAGCCGAGCUCCCUCCGGCCGAGCGAGCGCACGAUGCGCGGGCCUGGGCGCCCCCUCCUCCUGGGGCUGCUGCUAGUGCUGGGGGCGGCGGGGCCCGGAGUCGCCGAGCCCCGGGAGGCGGCCGACAGACAGACCCUGCUGCGGCUCAUCGUGGAGAUCCUCCAGGAGCUCAAGAAGUACCAUUCGGGCGAGUCGAAGAGGCUGCCGCUCUCGGGCCAGCACGACUACACUCUGGGCCGCCGGGAGGCGUCGGACUACCCGGUUUAUCCCGAGGAGCAGAGAGUGGAAAUUGUUCCUCGGGAUCUGAGGAUGAAGGACAAGUUUCUAAAACAUCUUACAGGUCCUCUUUAUUUCAGUCCAAAGUGCAGCAAGCACUUUCACAGACUUUACCACAACACCAGAGACUGCACCAUCCCUGCAUACUAUAAAAGAUGUGCCCGGCUUCUUACCCGGCUGGCUGUCAGUCCAAUGUGCAUGGAGGGAUAAGCAGUGAGCAGAGCUGCAAAGGACCAACAGCCCACGAACCAUGAGAAGUGCCUUGGAAAUCAACAGAGAACAGAACCUGCUACCUUCACGAACACAUCCCCUUGUGAACAAGAGAUUUAUUUUUGCAGACAGACUCU